AUGCCACCUACAACUUCAGUCUCAUCAGCCUCUUCCGAAAAUAUACCCUCACUGUCUCAUACCGCCACCACAUCCGUCACCAACUCCAUGCCUGUAUCACCUCGGACUGCCUCACCGGCCUUAACGGACCAAGUGAAGAUUGUCAAUGGGGAUGGAGACGCGAAGCCCGAAGUGGACGGAGACCAGAUAAAUGCGGAAGAGCUCGUUCAGGAGAUCCAGGAGGAGGGUGAAAGUGAUCCUCAGAGAAGACGGAGGAUGCGGAGACUUCUUUACCUAGGUCAGGAGUAG